AUGAAGAAAGAAAAGAAAACGCAUGCUUUACUAUUUCUCCUCCUGCUUCACUUCACCUUGGGGCAAUCCGACUAUGCUCCGUAUUUUUAUGAUAAUGGGCCCAGCCGUACAAAUGGGAAUAUGGCCUUGUUCAGCAUCUCUGAGGAUACACCAGUUGGGACACAGAUAUACAUUCUGAAUGGUACUGAUCCAGAGGGAGAUCCAGUGCGAUAUGGUCUGACUUUUGAAAUGGGCUCCAAAGAAUAUUUUAGGGUGGACUCCAAAUCAGGAAACGUGACUUUGAUUCAGGAGCUCGACAGAGAGAAACAACAUGAAAUCUCAGCACUCGUGAGCAUAACAGAUGGUCGCAAUAAAGUUGUUGAGACGGUUAGAGUGUUUGUCACUGAUGUCAAUGAUGAACCUCCUGAAUUUCAAAACCUGCCUUUCAUCAUUGACAUCCCAGAGGAUACUGCCCCAGGAAGUAGCAUCUACAAGGUCCAGGCAGUGGAUAGAGAUAUGGGAUCAGGAGGCAGCAUCUCAUAUUAUCUACAGACCUCACCGUUUGCCAAGUUUACCAUCGAUGGGAACAGUGGAAUCCUAAGAGUCAGACCUGGUGAGACUUUGGACUACGAGACCACGCCCACACACUUUGUGACGGUGGUUGCAAAGGACGGAGGUGGAAAGUACAAGGGGAAGCACCAGGUUUUGACCUCCACAGCCACCAUGACAAUCAAUGUACUUGACGCCCAAGACAUGCCUCCGUCCUUCAUAGGAACCCCUUACUUUGGCUAUGUCUAUGAAGUCUCAGUUCCUGGUUCUGAAAUAUUCACUGUGUAUGCUAAAGAUGGAGAUCAAGGCAAUCCUAACCCAAUACAUUAUUCCAUUAUGAAUGGUAGCGAUGGUGUCUUUGACAUAAAUAGCACGAGUGGAUGCAUCACCUUGACAACUUCUCCAACUCUGCUGAAAAAUGAAUUAUAUGAAAUUAUAGUCAAGGCGUUUGAGGUAGGGCCAAACAGUCAGCUGCAGGACUACGACGUUACCACGGUGACAGUCCGGGUGGUGGAUCUCAACAACCAUCCUCCGACCUUUUACGGAGAGAACGGACCACAGAGCAAGUUUGAGGUCACCAUGUACGAGCAUCCUCCUCCAGGGGAGAUCCUGCGAGGCUUUAAGAUCACCGUCAAUGACUCCGAUCAGGGAGCAAACGCUAAAUUUAAACUGAGACUAGUGGGGCCAAGUCGAGUGCUGCGAGUGGUUCCCCAGACAGUCCUCAAUGAAGCGCAGGUGACCAUUAUUGUGGAAGACACAUCUGGCAUCGACUAUGAAAAGGGACCAACCCUUUAUUUUAAGCUGCUGGCGGUGGAGAUCGACACUCCAGAGAGGUUCAGUGCAACAGCUGACAUAGUGAUCAACUUGCUGGACACCAACGACAACAUCCCAAAAUUCACAUCCGAGUAUUAUAUCGCCAGGGUCCCUGAGAACUCUUUGGGAGGCUCCAGCGUUGUGUCUGUAACAGCAAAUGAUCCAGAUUCAGGGCCCUGGGGUGAAGUCAAAUACACGAUUUAUGGAUCAGGAUCAGAUUUGUUUGCCAUCCAACCGUCAUCAGGCCUCAUCUCCACGCAGCCCUGGACCAGCCUGGACGCAGAGGUCAGGUCUAAAUACAACUUCUACGUCAAGGCUGAAGAUUCAGAGGGAAAGUACAGCUUGUCUGAAGUCUUUGUCACCAUACUGGACAUGAACGACCACUCUCCAGCAUUUGAUGAAAAACUCCUGGAAAAGACUAUGAUAAUUGGUAUACCUGUCAGAGUAGAGGCGGUGGAUGAAGAUGCAGAGUCUCCAAACAACGUCAUUGAGUACUCCAUAAUGACGGCUGAUCCUGACAACGCGUUUGAUAUCAACGCAGAUACUGGAGAUAUCAAGCUGAAGCCAUACAUCAAGUCCAUGGAGAUUGUGCAGAACAUCACCAAGCAGAAGCACUGCAAGUGGUCUCUGGUGGUCCAAGCCAGGGACAGAGGCUCUCCAUCCUUCAGCACAACAGCCGUUGUCAACAUCGAUAUCACAGAGGCGACUCCUUUCAAGGGGCCUAUGGCGGCCUUUUUAUUGAAAAGUAGGGACAAUCCAAUGAAAGCUCUAGGGAUGGUCACUGUUAUCAUUAGCUUAUUGGUAGGGGUGACUGUCUUGAUCUCUACGGCUAUGUACAUGCGUAACUCAAAGUCAAACAGGAUUAUGCCGGCACGUCGCAUCAUUAAGAGGCGACCAAGGGACCAGCAGCCCUGGAACGUCAAGAUGCCUGUUGUCAGAUUCAUCAACCCUGCAGAUAAGUUCCGUGUUCAAAACCAAGAGGGCAGCCACCAGCGGGGCACCAGCAGCCCCCGGAUGAAGCCUCCUCUCCCCAGCGCUCCUCCGCCCCCAUCUAACACACGGUCUAAUGAGAGGCCCCGGGCAGUCCCAACAAUAUCUGGUGUGCUGGCCUCCAAAGGAUCAAAGAAAGCUAAAUCUAAUCGCCGCAAAGAGGGAAAUGUCAGCUCUGCUUUGGUGUCUGAGCUUAAAAUGAAGCUUGAGCAGAAAAUCAUUGAGAGCAACCAAGGCUAUUAUUAA